AUGGCUGGUAACGUCAAAAACCAAAAAAGAAACCCUAGCUGUUAUGUUGGAGAAGCAAAAAACCUGUUACGAAACGGUUUUGGAAUGUAUGUGUAUCCCAACAGCUUCUUUCGCUAUGAGGGACAAUGGGAUAUGGGAGAAAAGCACGGACAUGGAAAACUCCUGAUGAAGGAUGGAAGUUACUAUGAGGGCGACUUUUCCCAUGGGGAAAUAGAGGGGAAUGGGAAGAGAUUCUGGGCAAAAACAGGACAUACCUACUCAGGGCAGUUUAGCAAAGGUGAGCUCCAUGGAUACGGGGCCAUGGAGAGAGCCAACGGAGAGAGAUAUGAGGGGGAGUUCUCUUCUGGGCUUCGAGAUGGUCAUGGGUUCCUUGAAGACCAAUAUAGACAGACGUACAAAGGAUCAUUUCAUGAGAACAAAAGACAUGGUGAAGGUCAAAUGCAGUACAGAAAUGGAGACCAAUAUGAAGGUUGUUGGCUGCAAGACCAAAGACAAGGCCAUGGGGUUAUGCAGUUUGGAGAAGGCUCAGUGUAUGAGGGCCAGUGGCGCAACAACCUCUUCAACGGACAGGGCAGCUUGAUCCACUGCUCUGGGGUCAUCUAUGAGGGAGUGUGGCUCAAUGGCAAACCACUGGGUGGCGCAUCCAAUAUUGUCAUAGAGGGAGGCGAUGUUUUGGAGGUCUUCCAAGAGUCUCCAUUUUCAGUGGAAGUGCAACUUCAGACUAAGGACGGGGAGAAAACAACAGGUGAAAACGGCAGAGUCCUCCAGAUAUCAGCCGGUAUCAGACUCCCUGAUGUCUCUCCGUCAGCUCCUGCCAGCCUGCUCAAGAUGUUCGAAGAUGUCAAAGCCCUUGUCCAGACACCGUUUGGCUUUCAGGUUGUCAGCUAUCCUUUGAUGGAGAGAGCCUUUGAAAGCCCGGACUCUGGAGGCCCUGAAUUCCCCCUCGCCACGGCUGCAGCUCCCUCUCCGCUGGCGGUGGCGGUGGCGGUGGCGGGGGCUAAAUCGGUGGCGCAGGCUGACUCGUCGCUCCCGGAGGGCGAGUGGGAGUUUGGAAGUGGAUCAGACGGCCAGGCACAUGGGAGAGGUGCCACAGUCCCACACAGCUACCUGGACGGAAAGGAAGUCAGCAUGGAUCGGUCCGGAAAGGCAGAGUCCUCCACCGUCACAGAGUGUUCCUCAGGGCUUUUUCCUGGACAGCAAGGGGUAUCUCCAGCCAAUCAGAGGGUAAAGGACGGUCAAGCCAAAUUCCAGGAUAUAAUGUUAGCACUUCCCCCUCCUGAUUUUAUACCCUAUCAGCUACUGGAUGAGAUGGACAAGAGAAAUGUCAGAAAGUUAUCCACCCGUGUAGAUAAACUGGGACUCUCACAGGAUAAAAGCUCUGAUAGCAGGUCUGGCACUGCGCCCCGUUUGGCCAACAACACCAAGGUGAACCCUCUAGACAGCAGGACUGUGAGACCAGGUGAAUAUGUAAUAAUGGUGAAAGAAGUGACCAGCCCACCGUUCCUAGAGCAGACGUUGCCUCCAGCUUUCACCCUGCUUCGAGUGUGUCCGGCCAAGUCCAAGAGUAAGAUGGGCCUCACGGACAAGAGCAAGUGAACAUGUGUGAUGACCACCAUGUGAGGGCUACAUGUGAACCAUGCUGUCAAGACUUGUUUAGAAUCUCCGAACACCGAGAAGCCUUAUUUUACGAUAAAAUACAGUUAGGAGUGAGUAUUUUUGCUCUUAUCUAUGAAGUUAUGAAACAUUGGCAUUCUCGCUGAUUUUUUUUUUUUUUGCUUUUGGUUUUUACUGUUGUUUGAUUGAGGUCAGUAUUUAGGUCUCGAUAUGAAGUGGUGUAGAGAGAGUACACUGUUUUCCUUUCCAACAGUAGGGCAAUGUGUAUGCUGUUGGAAAGUUACCAUUGCUGCUGCAAGGGAAGCAGGUCAUUUAAGGGCUGUCUAAGCAUGUUUAUUUUCAUUCAUUCCACAUGUGUUGGACCUGAAGCUUUAUUAUCCUCAAGAAAUGUUGAGACCUUUCCCAAGACAUGACUGAAUGUUACA